AUGAGUCUCUUAGUAACUGCUACGUUUCUUAUUUUUUUCGUUGGAUUUGGAUUCGUUUCAUCGAAUGCAAUUGUUUUCUAUGGAACUAUAGGUUCAACUCCAAGCUGUAAUACAAGCCUGACUCUAACAUGGCCGGAAUGUGUGACCGAGUGCAAUUCAAAUACAUCAGAUUGUAUUGUGAGUGAAUUAUUUGAAAGGGGAAACUUCUGAAAAGCCCGGGAAUACUCCUCUAUUAGUAAACUCCCCUUUCCAGCUUGCUUUCUACGAUUCUUCCAAAAAAUGCAAUCUUUGCUUGUAUGGUCAAAUUAGUAAUGUGGCUUACACAAAUAAACCGACUGAUACAGAAAUUGCUCUAAAGCUUAGCAAUGAGGUCAACUGCAAUUCGGUCCAGUCUCAACUGGAAGCUGGAAAAAUUGAUGAAUUCAAACAAUGCCAAGAUGGUUGGACAAAAUAUACCCGCGAGAAAACAAUAUGGUGUGUUAUAAGAAUUAGAGUAUUUAAGACCAGUGGUUUUAAUUACACGGAUGCUGUUAAUUUUUGCAAUGAAUUGGAGGCAGUCGUUUCUGGAGUGGAGAAUUCAGAAGAACUACAACAGUUUACUGUCGGAAUGACUAAUGGAGCGUGGGUUUCGAAUUACAAGAAAAUAAAUGAUGUGAGAUUAACUUAUGUUUUAUUUUAAUUUAAAUAGUUCUGAAUAUUUCAGACUUAUCAAUGGGUCGCUGAUACAUAUGUUUCUGAGUUUAAAUCUGCGUUAUUUGUAAAUCAAAAAUUGUCGGAUAAAUUAAAUUGUGCGGCUAUCGAAUCUAGCUUGUCACAGACCUCGUAAGGAAAAAAUGAUAUGAUAUUUAAAUUUAAAAUAAUUUUCAGAUGUUCUUCUAAUCCACAAUCAUUCGGCGUAAUUUGUGGGAAACCAAUUUGGUGA